UACAAAGAAGAAUUGUAUUGCUAGUUAAAUGAGUCGUUAUAUAAUCAAGGAAAUAAACAUAUAUUUUACGUUCCGUCUCAAUUCCAAUACAUUUUAUUUUGAACUGGACUCUGAUUUGAUGUGUUGGACGGGAAGAUUCCAUUAAAUGAAUUUACUUGUAUUAUGAUAUAUGCUAUUUUAAUAAUUGCGCUUAAUAUUUUUUAAGCUAACAAAUUUUAAAUUAUGCGGCAAAUGCAGCUAUGCUUGUUAAAUAAGCAUGAACGUAUACAACUUUUUUCUUGUAAUGAAAGCAAACAUCUGUUUAAAAAAAGAAUAGCCGUUGUUGACAUAACUCUAUACAAAUUUUCCUUAUUGGAGUUUUGUGCGUAUUCAAAGUUUUGUUGCGGUGAUUGAUAAUUUAAAUUGAUAAGUUUUGUAAAUAGCAUAUAAAUUUUAUUAUUAAACAUCCCGUAAAUUUUUUAAAAUGGUUCUAACUAAGGAAUAUCGCAUCUGUAUGCCUUUGUCGUGUGAAGAGUAUCAAAUAGGUCAGUUGUAUAUGAUUGCACGCCACAGUUACGAACAAUCUACAAACGGUGAAGGUGUGGAGAUCAUAACUAAUGAGCCGUGUGAGGAUGAGACAUACGGCAAAGGCCAAUAUACCGAAAAACGUAUACAUUUGUCAAGCCGUUUGCCUUUGUGGAUUCAGUCGAUAUGUCCUCGUGUAUUUUAUAUUACAGAAAAAUCGUGGAAUUUUUAUCCCUUUACAAAAACAGAAUACACUUGUUCAUUUGUGCCUAAAUUGAAUAUAUUGAUAAGAACAAAGUACGAAGACAAUAAUGGAAAUUCGGAAAAUAGCUUAAAUCUAACUGCGGACCAAUUAAAACAUCGCCUUGUAGAUAAUAUCGAUAUAGCCUUUGAUGAAUUGUCCAAUGGAAAACACUAUAAGAAAGAAGAAGAUCCCAAAUUUUUUACGUCCAAAAAAACAAAGCGCGGCUGCUUGAUUGAAGGUUGGCGCGAUGCGGAUAAACCAAUAAUGUGUUCCUAUAAAUUAGUGGACGUCUCAUUUGAAGUUUGGGGGCUCCAGACGAAGGUUGAGGAAUUUAUACACCGUUCAAUACGUGAUAUUUUAUUAUUAGGUCACAGGCAAGCAUUCGCUUGGAUUGACGACUGGUACGACAUGUCAUUAGAUGAUGUCAGAGCGUAUGAGCAUGAAACGCACCAAGAAACUAAUAAAAAGUUAAAUAUAAAUAAUAAAACAGUAAAUGGUAGUUGUAACACCAUUGCAAUUUUCGAACACCAACCCAAUGUGACUAACGGUAUCGUAAAGAUAUUGGAUUAAUUUUAAACAAAAAAAAAAUCAUGAAUAUAUGAACUUGAAAAGAAAAAUUCAACUCAGGUAAUG